ACACACACACACACUCCUCCUUCAGUCCCUCCAGCCACGCACACACUGGCAGAGCUGCUGUCCGCAGUGGGUUGUACAGUAGCUUCAGCUGCCUGGGAUCUCUAAACUACUCCCUGAAAAGUCUGGGAUCGGACGGUGAACGUGGAAGAAGAGAGGAAGAGAGCCCAAAACCAGACGAGACGACGUUUGUUUUUUAGCCGGAGUACAGAGAUGAUGAAGACUAAAGUGUGGAUUGGCCUUUGUGCGCUGCUGCUCAUUAAUCUGGGAUUAACUGAACAUACAGAUGAUCAUCCUGCAGCCCCGGCUGCUCCACAAAGUGCUCCUGAUGGUGAGGUGCCUCCUGAGGCUCCAGCUACUGAGUCUCCGCCCGGUUCCAGCCCGGACUCCAUCAGUCAUGCUGUCACCGUAUCUCCACUGAACGGCUCCGAGACAAAUCCAAGUUCAGGAGACAACAGCAGUUUGAGCAGCGUCACGGCUGCAAAGGAGGAAUCUAUUCCUGUGACGCAGGAACCAAAGAAAGUUAAUGAUACCGUCAUCGUCCCUCCCUCAGAGGCUGCAGUUCCUGAAAAUAAUACAAACCUAACAGAUGAGUCGACAUCACAGCCUCCAGUUCCUCCUUCUGGGAGCGACGCCCCCACCUCCCAAACACCGACUUCCAUCGCCACUUCUGGUCCCACACACUCAACUAACAUGAGCACUGCAGACACACCCACCACCACAUCUCACGACGAAGCACCUCCACUUCCUGUCUCUGUAACACCAACAAACCAGUCAACAGUCAACGAAACACACCCGUCCACACCCAACAUCCCAACAUCUGAGCCCCCAAAGCCUGAAGCGACCACUGCUGCCAUGAUCACCCAGCCUGGUUCAACAUCCAGCAACGUCUCCUCUCCCCCGAAACCCACGUCUCCACACAGCAACACACAGCCCGCCACACAUCAUGAGACCUCCACUGGAGCCCACCAUCAGCCCACCAUCAGCCCCUCCGCCCAGGCCAAACCCAAUGCGGACACCCCGUCCCAGCUCAACUUCGGGGGUGACCCGACGAUGGUCCAUGACGCUCCCACAUUAGACCCCCUCCUGGCUGGCCUGGUGUCAGCCUUCAUCAUCACUGCUGUCAUCAUCACUCUGCUCCUCUUCCUCAAACUGCGCCGGAGAGACAACCGGCCGGAGUUCCGCAGGCUUCAGGACCUACCUAUGGACGACAUGAUGGAGGACACACCCUUGUCCAUGUACAGCUACUGAUGGAGGCACGACGGAAACAUUUCUGGCACCCAAACACUCUACUUGAGUCCAGGCUCAUGCUGCAGUGGUUCUUUAACCUGGCCUCUCUUCCCUUAAUCUGCACCAAACAGAAAGAACCCCGGGUAGGUGUGAGCAAAAUGUCUGGAUUGCUUUCAUUUCGAGAUCACUGACAUGUAGGAAAGGACGUGAUUGAAACCGCAAUGGACAGUGAAGAUAUCGCCCAUGUCAGGGUCGCUU